AUGGCUGUUGUGUGGCUCCGUCCUGGAACAUUUGGCAGGGAAGCUCCAAGCCAGAAGCUAUCCGGCCGCCUCUCACCAAGCAUAGGAAACUUGACGAAUCUCGAGAUUCUUUUGCUGGAGAAAAACCACAUAACCGGGACAAUCCCUCCAGAGAUUGGCAGGCUUGGGAGGCUCAUGGAACUCAACCUCUCCAGCAACCACUUGUAUGGUGAAAUCCCUUCCUCUGUGGUCCACCUUGAAAGCCUCCGCGUUGUCGGGAAUCCUCUCAUCUGCGGUGAGAAUACGGGGCAAGACUGUUCCACUUCCAGGACUGCACCGGUGCCAGCGUCCUCGCAGGCUAGUCUACCAACGGCUAAAACUAAAAGCCACAAGUUUGUACUUGCAUUUGGUUCCACGAUCGCUUGCAUCAUCACCCUUGUUUUGCAGCAGAAUUGGGAACAAUAG